AUGAGCGACGCGACAAAGGAAAAACGACAGCUCAAGAUUAAAACGGGCGCAGUGACUAGGCUUUGGAAGGAGCACACUCUCUACCGAAAUGAACAGAACGAGAACCAGGCAAAGUUGGAUAAGAUGCGUGCAGAUGGCGAGGCGGAUGAGUGGAAGCUCAAGAAUCAGGUCAGCCUACCCAUCAUGUCUCGUGUUCAGGAGUGUGGCAGACUCAUUGCGUUGGGUAUUAGGCGAAUCUGA